CAUUCUUUAACCUUAAAAUCCGUGGACCGGGUCUUUUAAUAAUUUAAAAAAAAAAAAUGAACGUCUCGAAAAUAAUUUCAAUGAUUUUCGUGCAAAUGCUGAUUUUCAAUUUGUCCAAAACCGAAUCCGAAACGUCGCCGUGCGGCAUUUGUGGUGUGGAUGUGAUAUGCAAGGACCGGUAUCCGAUUUGUUCCAAGAACCAGGUGAUUACGUUGGAUCUUUGCGGAUGUUGUUUGGUGUGCAAAAAUAUUCUAGAUAAAGGAGAAGAAUGUUCGAAAGACAUAGACGCCUACGCUGUAUGCAAAUCCGGCCUGGAGUGCAUCAACAGUAGAUGCGCAAACCCCAAAACAGUGAACGGAUGAAAUAAAACUUCCAGUAUUUUUU